AUGAAAGCAGUAUCUCUGGGUCAUCAAUAUUUAAGUGUAAAAACAUAUAACGAGAACAAUAUUUAUUUCAGUCCUGGAGGAAUUCGUCGUAGUCGAAAAUUUGAACGAACACAUCCAAAACAACAGUCAAGUACUAGUUCAACAGGUCCACCAGUUCCAGCUUCCGAUCCACUUUCACGUCGAUCGAGUGCAAUUCAGAAACAAUCUGAAUUAACUGUGCCAUCAGUAGCUUUUGUUAGACGAAGUUACAGUGAUUCAAAUGAUCUUUGUUAUGUUUAUCAGCAACCAUCAAUCAAUACUCAAUUUCGACAUACUGAUGGAAAUUAUAAACCAUAUUCAUUGAAAUCUCUUACUAGUAAACGGCACGGAAAACAAGCUGAAGACGAAAAAUUAAGUAGUCGUGUUCGACGUUUUUAUAAAAAACAAGAUGCUCUUAUUGAUUCAUUUAAAAAACUUGAUGAACAAACAUCAUUUGAGUCUAAAAAAGAAGGUACACAUUUAAACCAACAAAAACGACAUACUGAAUGGCUUAUUAAAGCGACAUUAAUAUUCAAUGUCACAUUGUUAAUUGCAAAAAUAAUAGCUGCGGUCUAUUCUCGUUCUCUUUCAAUCAUUUCAUCAGUUAUUGAUUCUGCUGUUGAUUCAGCUUCAGCAUGUUUACUUUGUUGGGUUGUUUAUGUAAUAAAACAUCGUGAUCCUUAUACUUAUCCGGGAGGUCGUACUCGUCUCGAACCAAUUAUCAUUGUAAUUCUAUCGGUUAUUAUGGUUUCAGCAUCGGUUCAAGUUAUUUAUGAAUCAGUAGAAUCAUUAGUAAAUGAUAUAAAUCAUUUUACAAAAAAUUCAACAGAUUUACGUCACAUUGAUAUGGGACCAGCACCUAUCACUGUUAUGGGUGUUACAAUUGUUUGUAAAGCGGUUCUAUCGUUUCUUUGUUAUCAAAUAUCAAAUCCAACAAUGUAUGCUGUUGCACAAGAUCAUCGAAAUGAUGUUUUCUCAAAUAUAAUCGCACUUGUAUGUGGCAUUAUUGCUUCCAAAGCUCUUAAUGGUUCAAUAAAAGUACAAGAAAUUGUUGUCAUUGAUCCAAUUGGUGCUAUUCUUAUAUCACUUUAUAUAAUAUUUUGUUGGUUAAAACAACUUCGUGAACAAGUACGAAAUUUAAGUGGUUAUAAAGCUGAACCUGAAUUUUUACAAAAAAUUACAUGGCUUACAUUACAACAUUCACCUUUGAUACAAAAAAUUGAUACUGUUCGUGCAUUUCAUUUUGGUACAUCAUUUUUAGUUGAAGUUGAAGUUAUUUUGCCUGAAACAAUGUCACUUAAAGAAGCCCAUGAUAUUGGUGAUGGAUUAAAAAAUAAAUUAGAAAAUAUACCUGAAAUUGAAAGAGCUUUUGUUCAUUUGGAUUAUGUUGUUGAUCCUCUUGAAUAUUAG